AGCGGGUGUCCCCCGCCGCCGCCGCCGUCAUGGUGUCCCCGGUCACUGUGGUGAAGAGUGAGGGGCCCAAACUGGUGCCAUUCUUCAAGGCCACCUGCGUGUAUUUUGUGCUCUGGCUGCCCACCUCCAGCCCCUCAUGGGUCAGCGCCCUCAUCAAGUGCCUGCCCAUCUUCUGCCUGUGGCUCUUCCUGCUGGCGCAUGGCCUUGGAUUCCUGCAGGCCCACUCCAGCGCCACCCGUAUCUUUGUGGGGCUCAUCUUCUCUGCCCUAGGUGAUGCCUUCCUCAUCUGGCAGGACCAGGGCUACUUCGUGCAUGGUAUGCUGAUGUUUGCUGUGACCCACGUGCUCUACGCCUCGGCCUUUGGCAUGCGGCCUUUGGCUCUCCGGACGGGUCUGGUGAUGGGAGUGCUGUCAGGCCUGUGCUAUGCCCUCCUCUACCCUGGCCUCUCAGGAGCCUUCACCUACCUGGUGGGAGUCUAUGUGGCCAUCAUCAGCUUCAUGGGCUGGCGAGCUAUGGCAGGGCUGCGGCUGAUCGGGGCAGCCUGGCGCUGGACGGAGCUGGCCGCUGGCAGUGGCGCAGUGCUCUUCAUCAUCUCAGACCUGACCAUCGGGCUCCACAAGUUCUGCUUUCCUGUGCCCUACUCUCGGGCACUCGUCAUGUCCACCUACUACGCCGCACAGAUGCUCAUCGCCCUGUCGGCUGUCGGGAGCCGGGAGCCUGUGGCAGACUAUGGACCGAGCAAAGCAGACUGAGGGGCCAGGGUCUGCGUGUUCAUCUCUCUUGGGGUUGUGGUGCAGACCCUGGGAACCUCCUGUAGGAGGAGCUGCGCCAGGAUGGCUGUAGGGCAGCCCGGGGCAGCAGGUACUGAACUGGAGGGGAUGAGCAGAAGGAUGACACUUCAAGCUGAGGCAGGCUGCUGCCUGCCCCCAGGUGGAGGCAGAGGGAGACCUCUCCCACCUCUACUCCUUUGGGACUGUCCGAUCCGCCCCCGGGAUGAUGGUGCUGGCCUUCUUCCCUGCCAGGUGGAAGUGUGGUUGCAUCUCUUACGCCUAGGACCAAAGCAGUGCUGGGCUUAUCCAUUCCCACCCUUGCUCCUGUAACGAGUUGCAGGAAAGAGGAGAGACAUCUGUGCUGAGAGGACCCCCGGCCAGGGCUCGAAGGACUUUUCCUUGGCCCUCAGUAGGGAAGAUUGGAUGAGGGCGGAAUUCCUUUCCGUAUAUCUGUCCUUAUUACUUGAACAAUCCUUAAGUGGUUAAUGCAAAGAGAAGGGGUGUCUGUUUGGGGUGGCAGGAGAGGGAACUUCCUUGGCCAGAGAGCUUGUGUAUACCAAGGCUUCAGUUGGCCCUGUGUCUCUCACAGGCCAACCCAGAUUUCAGGAUUCAUAUGACCACUCUUAGACCCUGUUCCCAGGGUUAGGGUGAACCAUGCCAAAGGAGGGCCAGUCUGUGUGCGUGUGCGUGUGCGUGUGUGUGUGUGUGUGUGUGUGUGUGUGUGUGGUCUGUCUCCCUGCCUGUCUGUGUUUCUCUGCCAUAUGUCUCUGUCCUGCUGUCUGUAACUGUCUCAUAAGGAGAGGGCCUCAGGGAGCUGCUGUGGGGUGCUGAGCCCUGCUCAGAGCUAGGGUCCCCCACACCCAUUCUCAGCGCUUUCCUCCCUGCCCCUUCUGCACUGGGAGCAAGAGGAGGGGGUCCAAAUGACACUCUGGGGUCUUACAACCCACGGCACAUUCAAUGCAAGGGGAGCAAGGAUGGAGCGGUCCAUCCUUUACUGCCCAUGUGAAAUAAAAAAAAAACUGUAUAAAAACCAAGGGCUAUCGGCUUCCCCACUCACCUGCCUGUGUGGCGUGUGUCUUUUGGAGAGGGAGUGGGGGCGUGGUGUCAGGAGCCCUGGCUGUCCUCAGAGCCUGGGUCACAGUCUUGGUAAGGGUGUCUUGGCGCCAGGCUGGCUCCUUGGCUCUGCUGACACCAGGCUGGUUGGAGUGGGUCUCACUUCCCUGGUCACGUGUGCACGAGGUUGUGGUUCAAGAGGGUGGGGGAUGGGUGGCACUUGCCUCUGGCCAGUGCACUCCCGGAUUGCAGAUGGCUCAGGCAGUCUUGGUGACCCUAAGUUACCCGUCGUCCUACUCUUGCUGGCCCCUCCCCUCCCCACAUCUGCCGCCUGCUCCGAAACUCCCUGGGUUCCUUUUAAGCAUCUCCUUCAACUUGGACUCUGAGGAAUGGGAUAAGAUUGACUGAUUCAUACUCUAGCCCUGACAGAAUAAUGUCACUCUGCUCUGGGGGCAUUUGCAUUUUAACAGGCAGUGCCCUAACCCCAAAGUUGGAGUGGCGCUUUAGAUUGUGGUGAGGUGACUACAGCCUUUAAGAGUUGUUGCACAUUUGUGGGGAUACGAUGGAGGAGACUCAGAUCCCACGGGGGUUGGAUGAAUCCAUAUUCUGUCUGUGUCUCUAUCUCUAUUUUUCCUUUUUGUUUUUUGAGACAGGAUCU